AUGAGCUCAGAAACAAGUAAAGUUCCUUUUGAUUUCACGGACAUCAGCACUGAGAAUUUUUCGAAAGUUGCAAGACCCAUUGACUCUAAAAUGCUGUCAGGAAUUGCUUUAAGUAAUUUUUCUGCUUACUCCCCCCUCCGUGAGUGAACAAAAAUUUUUUUGUUCACUGCUUUGGAGUUAUGAUAAUCUGCAUAUAGAUUUUGCAAAGCUAAUUUUAAUUGGGGGACGUCAACUUCACUACUUUCGUCUCCUUAACUCGACUUAAUCUCUUCAGUUUCGAGUUUUCAUGGCUCAAUUUCAUCUUUUAGAGCUUUGCUCUCUCUUUUAGCUCUUCAAUUUCUUUUUGUAAAACUGUUUCAUUUUUUUCUUCUUAAAACUCUUUCUCUAAUGUUAAGUUUUCAAUAUUUUAUGGACAGAAACUUCUUCUUUUGCUACUUUUUUUAUUUUUUGGUUUGCUUUCGAGCUCUUUAACUUUUUGGUAAGUUCGUUUAUGAUUUGUAUUUACUUGAUUCAGAUGAUAUCAGAAGAAAUAUUAUCCUUUAGUUUUUGACUUCUUCGCUAUUAACUGGUAUAUCAGAAUUUUUUCUUGUUCUUGUCUUCUACAUCUUCUUUCUUUUUGAGCUGUUCUUUUGCUUUAUUCUCAGCAAUUUGCUUUUUUUCUAGGAUUUUGCUUUAGCUUUUUCUCUUAUUAG